UGCAAAUCGAUUGCUCAUAUGUCGCUUAACGGUUUUUGUUCAAAUGGGCUAGAGGUUGUAAAUUGUAAUAUGCUCGUAUAUUUUUACUAAAUGAACAGUUACAGGCCAUACAAAAAAGAAAACUGUUCUGAAGAUUCAAAAAUUUGGUGACAUAUAAGUAAUUGUCAUUAUAGUGACCCUAACACUUUUUGUUUACUCUUACAUUCUUCUUGAAACAAUAGCAUAAAACAAAUCUUCUAUGACAGUUAUCGGUAUCAUGUAAAUUAAAGAAAUAUAUUAAAAUUUAAUAAUGAACCUCCCAUAAAUAAUAAAAUUUUAAGCAACAACCAAAAAUAUGGCCACAUAAUAACUCGACAAAGUUUCUAUUGAUUCCAGGUCGCUUAUAUCAUAAUAAUGGCAUGCUGCUGUAAACCUGGUCGAUCCAACAAGUCCUCAUUAAGUUGCUUAGGGCGCUGUGACCUUCCCAAACAUCAAUGUUUGGACAAACACGAAGUAAGACCCGGACCAGUACCUAAAUACAUGGGAUGGCACUAUACAGCAAAAGAUGCCCCUGAACAUCAGUUGCGUUGUGGUUGGCGACCCGGCCAUAUUGCCUGUCCAGUUUUACGUAGAAUCGAACAACACAAUUGCAUGAAAUCCAGCGAAUGUUCACCAUGCGUCUCGAGUUGCGCAAAACCGCCAUGUUACAAACCGUGUUGCAUGCCACCGAAGUGUGUCGCCGUGUGCCCCUCUAUACCAACAUGCUGCAAAACUCCUCCUUGCAAUCAACCAUCAAUAAGAAUAGUAAGACAUGGCGGUCGUUACACCAUCAGCACCAAGCCUUCCAACAUAAGCAAUGCACCUUCUGGACCAUACCCUCUAAAAUAUGUUCUAAACACUGAUGAUGACGAUGAAACCAAUGCUAAAUUUAGUGUGGAAGCAAAAUUCAACGACUACAAUUUCGACUACACCAGCUCGCAGUCGUCUUUUGUUUUGGAUUUUUCACCUCCAGAAGCGAGGUGCUUCAAGCCAUGUCCUAAGAGGAGCACAUCCUGUUUGCUUUGUAAAAUAGAUGGGAAGUGUCCCAAGUAGAUUCGCAAAAUCACUUAAUACAUCCAAGAACUACACCCAAAACAUAAACUUUUCAUUUAAAUACAGCAACAUAAUAUC